AUGUCAUCUCCUGAAGAAGGCCCUCUUAUGAGUGUGCCCGCGGUGAUUGUAACAACAAUUGGAGUUAUUUCUUCUAUUUACACAACUAUUAUGAACGUCUAUUUUAUAACAAAGAUUGGAAAAACUCGUCAGAAAAUGAUUCUCUUCUUCUACCGUCUCUUUCUUGAUGUGGCCUAUAAUGUUCUGGCUUGUGCCUAUAUGACAUUCUGCAUUGUGUAUUCAUUUUUCACUGAUGAGCUUCACGCGCAACAAAUUUUCAUACUUUACGUCGGGUUUCCACUUCAAACAGCAGGAGCUAUGAGAACGAUUGUGGCGUUGUCGAUUUCAAUUGAGAGGGUGUUGGCUAUUUACACACCAAUUAUGUUUCAUAUCUAUCGUGAUUUAUGCCCUUCUAUAAUUAUUCUGUUGUUUGCUAUUACUAUGGGAAUGUUUGAAAACCUCAUUUUAUACAUAUUUUGUUCUAUAAAUAUAUCCGCAAUUCCUCGAGACUGUGGAGUUUUGCGCUGCUCACUUGACACUUGUUUUUUCGACUUUUGGACAACUGAUAGAUCGGUGAUAUUCGCUCUUACCUUUGUAUUAUCCGGUUUACUUUCUACAAGACUAAUGUUUCUCAAUAAAUCACUUGGACAGAAUGCAGGAGAAGAGCAUUCAAAGAUAAAUCACAUUGCUCUGAUCGAUGCUGCCAACGUGUUCUUAUGUGAUUUCCUGCCAACAAUAUCAAAUUAUAUUCCUAAAACCCCAUUUUUCAGCUUUAAGAAUAUUGGACCGUAUGUUUACAUUAUAAAAUUAGUUGGAAGUGCAGUUGAAUCAUAUUUCAUCUCAAAGAUAUUGAAAAGAAGAAGCGCCCGGUCAAGUGUUGUUAUAGUAACUCGCACAUUCCAAAAUUGA